CACCAAAGAUUGCACAAUUCAACCGCCCUCGGUUAUGUCCAGUCUGACCCAGCAGUUUCUACAGUGAUGAUGGAGGACCCAGUGUGUCGGAUUAAGAACGACAUCGCUCGUGUGUUUGGGCCCCUGGAGGAGGCUUUGAGUCAUGGAUCCUAUAUUCACCCAGGGGGUUACAAAGACUUCCAUGACAACCUACAGGAGCUAACCAAGCAAUACAGAACAGAGAGAGGCAGGGGAGUUAUGAGUGAGGAACUAUUGAGAGACUAUCUGGAUGAGAAGGCUAGAGUGGGGAACACUAUCCUCUUGGUCGACCAGACUCUCAGCAAAGAAGAACACAAAAGUGAAGUGGAGAGGGUGAAGAAGGAGGCAGCAGAAGAGGCUCGGAGAGCGGCAGAAGAGCAGAUUCAGAUUCAGCAACAGCUGAUGGAAAAGAUUGAGAAAGAACGAGAGAUCACCAAACAGGAAUAUAAACAAGUGCUGGAGGCCAGACUUAAGGAGCUGAAGGACGUAACGAAAAAAGGAAAUAGGAGAAUACAUGGAGAAAAACAAAAACGCCAAUCAGAGUACCGAUAAUCCAACUCCUCAAAAUAAUGUCUCCAAAAUGUUGGAUGGAGUUGGGACUAUUUGUUCCUUUGUUCCUGGCGUUGGCACUGCGAUUGGGGGCGGUCUAAUCGCCAGUGCCAAAGCUUUAGACUACGCUUCAGAACUCGUAAAGUAACUGUCAGAUUUUUAUCAAAUGUGACCGAUUAUUAUUAAAAAAUAUGAGGGAAAUAUUUUCCUUUAAAAAAAAAUAAAA